AUGCACUCUCUGAUACUGGUGAGACAUCUGUAUAUUUGUGAUUUCCACAAGAACUUCAUUCAAAGUGUCCGAAACAAAAGAAAGAGGAAGACAAGUGAUGAUGGAGGUGACUCUCCUGAGCAUGAAACGGAUGUCCCGGAGGUUGACUUGUUCCAGCUCCAAGUGAACACUCUGCGACGUUACAAGAGACAUUAUAAGUUGCAGACUAGGCCUGGACUCAACAAGGCUCAGCUAGCAGAAACUGUCAGUCGUCACUUCAGGAAUAUUCCUGUGAAUGAGAAAGAGACGCUUGCAUAUUUCAUCUAUAUGGUGAAGAACAACAAGAGCAGGCUGGAUCAGAAAUCAGAAGGUAGCAAGCAACUAGAAUGAAGAUUAACAAGACUUGGAAUAAGAGGGACCUUGAAGGAACAGAUGGUAUUGUGCAUUUUAGGUAUAUAAAAACUGUUGAAGUAUAUUGUAAAUUUUUUUUAAAAUGCAGUAAGUCUGGAUGACAGAAAAAAUACAGACAUUCUUAUCAGGAGUAUUUGAAAACAUGUGCCCAGCGUGUUUCUGAAGACUUCUUCCCCUCAUUUCAAAGUCGUGUUGGAAUAAAGAAAUGAGGAUAAUGGGGAAACCAAGUAAAUCUGUAGGACUGUGGAGUUUGUCAACUCGGUGUUUUAAACCAUUUCUGGAAAUCUGCAUCUCAGUGCAAUUCAGAUCACAGAUGGAAUUUUUUCACUGAAUUCAGACUGCAUCACAAACCACCGUGCAGUUUGUCUUGGCGCAGGACUGGAAUAGCGGCAGAGAUAAAAUUCAUUAUUGAGGUGCAUGGGUCAGAAGUUUGUCUGAAGCUCGCUCCCCACCUACACAUGCUCUGUCUUGCCUUGAGUCAGUGCUUCAAGUCCCAAAUUUCUACAGAUGCUCCAGCUCACCAAAUCUACUCCAGUGAACACUACUUGACUAGUCUGAAAUUGAUUUUUUUUUUUUUUAACCAUUUUUCCUCCUGCCCCCUUCCGACAUG